AUGCAAGAUAAUGGCCAUCAAAUAUCAGCCGAUUUUCGUUACACAUUAUUUACACGAAAAUUUAACAUGGGUCUUGGUUUAUCUAAAAAAGGUAAUAAAUCAUUGAAUGAUCCUAAAAGAUUUGUUGUGAAUGGUCAUACUUAUAAAAUAAUAAAUAUAGUCGGUCAAGGUGGUGAAGCUACUGUAUAUCAAUGUGAGGAUGAAAAUGGUUAUCGACAUGCUGCUAAAGUAUUCUAUUUUUCACGUUUUCCUCCUCAGCAAUUACGUCAACGAGUUGAUGGAUUUCUUAAAGAAGCACGUAUAUUGAGAUAUUUAAGUGGACGUUCUCCACAUUUUGUUACUUUGGUUGAUUAUGAAUAUAAACCUAGUGAAAAUGUUGGUUAUAUGGUGAUGGAAUUAGGAACUGGAUGUUUAAGACAACAUAUGCAAGGUUUACCAUUGAACGAUCAAGCUCGAAAUAUGUUUUGGCGACAGAUUGUUGGUAUAUUGAAAGCUUUAGAAGACGCACAAAUUGUGCAUGCCGAUAUCAAACCUGAUAACAUUAUUAUCGUAGAUGGUAUUCUAAAAAUAACUGAUUUAGGUCUUGCUUUUGGAUUACCUUGGACAAGACAAUCAACUCGACGACCCAUUGUUCGUGGGACUAUAGAUUAUAUGGCACCCGAAGUCUUUUCUCAUCAAACAGGCUUUAAAUCAGACGUAUGGUCAGCAGGUGUUAUACUAUAUGAAAUGACUUAUGGUCGUCCUCCAUAUUUUAGUAUUUUUGAUCGAAAUCAAAAAGUUGCUGCUAUUUCAGCAAUGGCCCCAAUCAUGUUCCCGCCUAUGUUCGAUCCUGUUUUAAUGGAUUGCAUUAGACAAUGUCUUAGAUUUAAUUCUUUUCUUAGGCCGAAUGCAUUCCUUUUGCAAGCGCAUCCAUACUCAAGGAUGCUUUAA